GCGCUCUCAGUGGUGGCGGGGGGCCACUCUAGGCGGCAGGGCGGAGCGCGCUCUGUGGCGGGGCGGGGCCGUGCGCUCAGUGCGGGGCGGCGGCGGCGGGACGGGACGGAGCCGCGAUGGAGAAGCCGCGGCGGGCGGUGGUGGUGACGGGGUUUGGUCCGUUUGGAGAGCACGCUGUUAACGCCAGUUGGAUCGCAGUUCAGGAGUUGGAGAAGCUAGGACUGCGAGAUGAUGUGGAUCUGCACGUCUAUGAAGUCCCGGUUGAAUACCAGACAGUGCAAAGGCUCAUUCCUGCAUUAUGGAAAAAGCACAGUCCACAAUUGGUGGUUCAUGUCGGUGUUUCGGGUAUGGCGACGACUGUAACCCUGGAGAAGUGUGGCCAUAACGUAGGUUACAAAGGCUUAGACAACUGCCGUUUCUGCCCCGGCUCUCAGUGUUGUGUAGAAGGCGGCCCAGAAUGCAUCGAUUCCAUUAUUGACAUGGACACGGUUUGCAAGAGAGUCUCAGCACUGGGGCUGGAUGUCACGGUCACUAUAUCGAAGGAUGCCGGCAGAUACCUCUGUGACUUCACUUACUACACUUCCUUGUACCAGAGCCGCGGGAGGUCAGCUUUUGUUCAUGUGCCUCCACUGGGAAAACCAUAUACCGCAGAACAGCUGGGUCGGGCGCUACAGGCUAUAAUAGAAGAAAUGCUUGAUGUUUUGGAGCAUUCUGAAGACAAAAUCAAUUGUCAGCAUGAACACUGAAAGCGGGCAGAAGCUAUCUUAGUAUUGCACUUCCAAAAUUUUCCCUGGUACUGAAGUACUGGGGAAGACGGUCUGGAACAUACAGACCCAGAAUUGGAGACUUCAAAAAGGAAAAUUCCACUUCUAGAAAUUGACUUUUUUUUUUGUCAAAUGUGUGCAUUUCAGCCUAGGCAACAAAGGAUUCAAAAAUCUUUUCUUUAAAACACCUGCAGCUCCUCAUUUCUGAAGUGACUGAAGUGUGUGUGCUGUGCUUUGUCCAGAGCUUAUCUGUCAGCCAAGUGACAGCUACCGACCAGUCUAAUACAGCGCAGAUGGAAAGUUUCUCAUCUGGACUUGGCGUUCAGGUGCAGGGAAUUGAUAACCCAGUCUUCUAAUGACUAGUCCUUAAGUUGAAAGGUUUGCUUUCGUUUUGGUUUGGUGUUUUCCCUCCCCCCCUUUGGCCCAAAUGAUAGGUUAUGAUGCAAAAGUACAACUGAGAAGAGUUGGAAUGGUGUGGGCUUGUCUGAUGUGAAACAGCGCUGGGUGGAGACAAGGAGUCUUCGAAAUUACUUUGCUGAAGUGGAAAAUAUUUUAGGCACUGAUUUCUCACCCCACAUUGUCCAGAUAUCCAUAGGGUCCUCUGUAAUGUGCUGGUUAAGUGGUAGCUGCAGAUAGAAGGGAGGUUUUUUGGGUUCCUUUUGCUGUGGAGCAGAAGAUAGGGGUUGGUUUGGGUUUUUUUUUUUUUUGUACACAGUAAAAGCCUAACUUGCGCCAAAUAUUUCCAAAUGUCUUUUUUUAUUACGCUCUCAGUGCCACCUUCCUCACUCAAGUCAACCAUAUACCUCCUGUACAAAACACAUUGUUUCAUAUGUGUAUAAAGCAAAUCAUUAGCGGUUAAAUAGCUUUGCUAAAGGCCACUUUCUCCGCAGGAGAUCUUUAUCCUAGAUUCUUGGUGCUAGCUGUUAUUUUUAAGGUGAAGGUUGAGUAAUUUAUAACUUCUUUAGUUAUAAGUUUUCAUUCUUGUUAAAGGUUAGGCGAAGAGUAAUGUUUAACUUAAAUUCGAAGUUGCCACCUGGAUUUAUUGCAGGCCUAAAUCUGCAAACGUGCGGACUCGAAGGCGUGCUGCCAGAUCAAAUCUAAAAUCUUAAACCUAUUCCCACUGUCUGUAAACCAGAGGCAAUUAUUUGAAAACUGGGAGUUUUGCUUAGAAUGAGUAUUCGGGGCUGUUUUAGUGUCCCCCUCCCAAUGGGAGGGUACAAAGUGCUGCUCCUUGUGUGAACUUCCCCAGUAAUUAAAUUGGGGAAGUGUACAUGCAGGCUCUAAGCGGGACUGUAAACGCGGUUGACGCUAGUCGUGCGUGUAGGUUUGCUUCCAAAUUACAAGAUUCCAGCAAAAGACAGAUGGUGUUACGGUGGGAACGGGCACCAAAUUGGUCCUUGAUGACUGGUAGGGCUCACUGAGGGUUUUCAUUUAAAUGAAGAGUCUGUGGUUUGUUUCUAAUACCUUUACAAAUAUAUAUAUAUAUAUAAAAAACCACAACAUUUUGAACCGUUUUAAAAUACCAUUAUAUUAGUUUUUCUAAUUAUGAAUGAUUCUGCUAUAGUAUCUCUCAGUGAGAGCUGCCAUUAACUUGCUGUUUUCCAGUAGAAGCCUAGUGACAGAGGCAACACCACUUCUCCUUGUAACCCUUGAGAGAGGACGGAGACUUCUGCCGUUGUAAUAACUGUGCUAAGGGGACCUGUGUAUGAAGAUUUUUGGAUAGACUUCUGGUUUACCGAGGAAAUUACCGCUGUAUUUACUAUACGGGCUUUCCCGAUCAAAGGAGUUUGCCUUCAAAGUAAAUGUUCUCUUCUGCAUUCAAAUACGAAGUAGCACUUGUCAGAUUGUCAGCGGGCAGGCAGACUUUCUGAUUAGUAAUUUAUUAUAUUUAAUAUUUUGUUUAAAUAUUCGUGGUUUGACGCAUUUCUGCAAAUAGUAGAGCUACUUAUCAUGUAGGUUUAUUCCUUUAUCUGGUAAGUUUUUUGUCAUCAGUGUAUCCUAGCUGCUAAACUUUUGAAAGAGGAGUAAUUCGCGUAUUCUGCUAAGGUCAGCAGUUGAUUUAAGUAAUUUUCAGUAACGCUAUUUAAUUUACGUGUAUUGUAGUUGUGAAUAAAAUGGGAGCGGAAGAUCAACAGUUUAGUGAGGUGACAACAGACACGAAGAUGACCGUGGAGUGGAAGCGGCCGUAGGCAGGGCUGGUCGGAGCAGCGGUGCCCGUGGGAGCCGUGCUCGGAGAGCGGCGGGAAGGGUUCGGCGGCAGGUCGCCGGUCAGGCUCUGUUGGUGAUAAAUGUCUCUGAGCGAGGUGAGCCCUCUCUGUCCGCGCCUGCCGAAUGUUUUCGCCGCCUUUGAGCGUACGAGCGGGCAGCCUUGGAGAUCCCCCCGCCUUGGAUGUGGCCGAGGAGGAGGAGUAGCUCCAAAUUCAUCGGCAGGGAAGGUAGACAGCGGCGGCUGCGUGGCGAGAAAGGCUUUCCACGCUAGUUUAUUCAGCCUGUGGAGCGUGUCCUGUUCGACACCCGUCGAUAUUCCUUCUUGGGUGCUCUCUGCUGUUCAAGGGGGAAAUCCUGAGCCAGUUUCUGUGACUGCUGUUUGUCCGAGGACUGCAGUGGUUGACCUUCUGUGUGUCAGUGUUAAAAAUCUCGUUUCUGGAAAUACUUUGCUUUGGGCGUUACUUCGAGGUGUGUGUUUCCUCAUAGUUUGUUUUUUGUGAAGCUUCCGUGUGAUCGGUUUCUUAGAAAACAUAAUUUAUUUUAUAAUCUUUUGGGGUUUUUGAGAAUUAGUCCUCGGAGAUUGUAUUUGUAAAGGGUGUCUUGGUGGUAGAGAAAUUUUGUAUAGUGAAACUUUUGAAAAUGGCAUUAAACUAAUAUUAUUUAAUCUGACCUAAAUUAAAUACUUUGGGGUUUUUUGAAAGUUUUUUUUUUGUGUUAAAUUCAUUAAUUCAUAAUGCCUUUCCUAUAGGUGCAUAUUUUCUUUGGAAAUAUGACCUCAAACUGAUGCAGAGCUUCAAGAAGCUGAUGUUUUGUGUAAUGCUUACUAUCUACUUUCUCUUCCGGCUCAUCAAUAAAUAGAAUUUGCUAAUUUGCACUGACUGGGAGACCUGCUGCCAACCACAAAAAAUUCCGUGCUGGUGAGUGAGUGUAGGAAGUUCAGGUUUAGUGUUAAUUACUGUGCCUGCAAUUUGUAAAAUGUAAAAAAAAAAAAGCUGGUCAUGUUUUAGAAUCCUGUGACUGCAAAUUGUCUCUGGGAAUACACUUCACGGUGAAACGGGGGUGAGAAUAUUUUGUGUGGAAGAGAGAAUUAGGGAGGUUCCACUGUUAUCGGGUCUGACGUCAUUUUUUCUACUUGCCAACAGCUUGGAGUAGGAACCGGCUAACGCGUUGGUGAAGUUUGGUGAUGACAAUUUAAUUGUUUCAGUUAUUAAAUGCUGCGGAGGAUUUUGAGGAACGCCAGAUACUCGUAAACUCCUUCAUAAUUUGGUGACACUGAUGUCGGGAGAUAUUUCCCUUGAAUUAAACAUGGUAAUUGACUUUAUAAAACACAGCAAAAAAACUGUGAGCUUGGAAGUUUCUUUACCUUAAAGCCUCGUGAGCGACUUGGUGAUUCUUAGGGGUCCCUUCCAACUUGAGAUAUUCUAUGACAUGGUUGAAGGUAAACACCCAUCGUACAGAAGCUAUUUGUAUGGUUUUUGGCAGCUUUUGGAAAGGAUAUCAAAACCUGUAAGAUCAUACCGAGCAGUUCACGCUUAUCUGGAGUAUUCCCCAAGCUGAUUGCUUCCUCCUAAAUGUGGUAGUAGUGGGAAAGGAUGAAAAGGUCAUGAAGAUGGUUAGAGGUGUUGAGUGCGGUUGUGACAUGAGACUGCAGCCGAGAACUGCUGAGCUUCAAGAGUCCUUCCCGGGGGGGGGACCUGACUGAGGGUCUUCAAAAGUUUCAGGCUUCGUGAAAACGAACCAGUUGCUCUGCUUUCUCCCCGGAGAGGAGGGAAGUUCAGAGGCAAGGCUUCGUGGCCAACUCCUUGCAGACAUUGAGAAGGCGUUUGCAGGCAGCGUCGCGUUGUCGCGCGUAGCCUGGUGCGUUGGGUAGUGCCUGCUGCCCGCAGCAGGAAAACAGACUCGUUCAACCAGGGCUCUGAUCUAAUAUGUCAACUUACCUUUAUCUCCGUAGGGUUUGUACCGCACGUACUGUGGUAAGUCAGGUGGGAAACCCUGCUAUUUGUAUUUACUUACCUGGACAGUCACGUUUAGAUGUAGCAUUCAAACUCCGGUGUGUCUCUCACCGUUCUGCCGGUUGUGCAGGCAAUAUUUAACCUUUUAGUGCCUCGUUCGGCUGGCAAAGGGCGUUAUUCCGGGCCACUGUCACGCAGUGCCACACCUGGAAUAAAAGCCCAAGAGCUUCCAGGCCUGCAGACUUCGAAGUGGACGGCACAGGCUCCCAGUGUUCUUAUUUUUGUUGAUGAAAAGGCUAAAAAAAGUUACAAUCCACUGAAGUUUCUUCUAACACUCAAAUAGCCUUCAUUUGGGCGAUUCGUUGACCUCGCGUGCGGGCUUUCUUAUGAAAUCUGUAAAAGGAAUUCCAGAAGGAGGGGCUUCUUAAAACCAAAAAUAGGAGAACCGUGUAAAUGAGUUGAAUUGGUAAUUCCCCGCUAACACGAGAGCUGGCGCUAGGCUGAAGCAGCCAUUACGGUCUGACCAUGUUAUUUCAUGGUUUAACUUGUUGCGACUCGUGCAUUAUUUUUUUUUUUUUUAACUGAUAGCGUGUUUCUAACUCCAGCCACGCCGCCGGUGCUCAGACGCUAAGCUGCUUUAAGAGUGAGUGGUAGUGUUUGAAAGCUGACUGGAAACCGGUAUGUUUAGCCGUAGAAACUACCGCUUGUGUGGUUUCUUUAAUUACGGUUUUCAGAUUUCAUCCCGCAGUGCAGAUAAUAAAAUCGACGACAAUUAAUUUUACAUAUUUUCACAAAGCGACUUCCUUCCUGUUGUCUCCUUUACUUCACUACGCUAUCCAGUAAUAUUUUCAUGAGAGGAAUUUCCGAGUUGCGAAGGUUUUCUUCCAAACUGCGUCCGUUGGCUUGGAUAAAAUACCCCUAGUUGAUACCAUAAGUACGCAUCUUGACAUAGAUGGAUUUGUUAUUUUUGCACCAGAAGCCCUAAAGUUUUGCAGUAUAAAGUGCACUUUUUCUUAAAAAAACACCUUGUAUUCAUGUCUGAUUAGUGUCUUAUGUGAUGAAAGUGAUAUUCUGCCAAACCUCCAAAGCUGAGGAUAUUGUUAAUUCUUCAUCGUAUUAAUUGAAACCUGAGACCCGCUUCUGCUCAGGCUAUUUUAAGACAAAGUAGAGAAGAAAAUGCCUCCCCAUAGAUAGGAAUUAAAUAUAGGAAACGAAACUUUACACUGCCCUUAAAUAAAACUCUGUGCCACUUAAGUACACGUUCAGGUUUUCUAUUGCACCAGCUUCUUAAAUCGCAAAUGUUUACUUUGAUUAAACAGGGAGUGCCUUGUCCUGUGCGGGGCUCGCUUUUGGGAAGCGGGGCGGUGGGGAUGGCGACAGGUGAGCCAUUUGCACAUAAGGUGGGUGGAAAGACUGGGCUGUCGGCACCGGGAGAAACUGCUGGACUUGUUCGGUAUCCCCUUUAUGCAAGGAUGCUCUUCAGAAACUGCACUGAAUUGAGUUCUCGAGGUUUUCUCGGACCUGACAAAGGGAAAAAAAAAAAAAAAAACAGAGUAUUUGCUACUUCGUUGUCACUCUUGGUUAGGUUGGCCAAAUUUGUGAAGGUUAUUCUGUCUCUCCUCUAAGGUUACGUGUUUUGUUUGGACUCCGUUCUGCAUGUUACAGCAUCACUCAGCCUUCCGGGUCCUCUGCUCGUUAAUUGUGGUGAAAUAAACAGUUGUCUGUCUGGGUAUCUCAGGUGUCGCCAGUCUCGUGCUUACCAGGACUCUUGGAGCUACAAUUCUAAAUCUGUCGGGGCUUCUGUUUUUCUCAGUGUGUUCUUGCAGUGCCUUGUAAAACCAAACAAUCUAGUGUGUCACAAAAGGGCUGUGUAAUAAAGAACCGGUAACAUACUUUCAGCUUGCUAUUGCUAGACUGGACUUUGUAACUGAAAAUUUAAACCGAUGUUUCAAAGUAAAUAAAGAGUUUAACUCUGA